GUCCAGUCCAGUCCAACCCAGCAGUGACAAGUCUACCACCAAACACCAUCGCAUCCAGCAAAUUAUUAGCUCAUUCAACAUGCCAGUUCCCGUAGGAGCCCACAUGAGCGGGCCCUCAACCGCCGAUAAGUGUACGUUCUGCACGACUUCCCCGUACCCCACAGUUAGACUUAGUGGCAUGAACUUACACCUUCUAUAGUCAAAAUGGGCGCGAUGAUGGGAGGCAGUAAGAACACAAUUCAGAGGUUAUCCAGUUGAUCUGCCUCAUUUGGCUGACAAUGACUAGCGGUCGGGGUGAUCAUUGGCUUCAUUUUCGGUACCUUUCACCUUCUCAGAUACCCCAUAGUCCCCGCACGAUUCAAUUUCCCUAGUUCAUUGAAUGCUAAAUUACCCAGGUUCCGUGAACAUCAUGCGAUACGGAGCUGGUCCAAAUGGAGUCUUGAGAUCUUUGGGCCAAUAUAUGGCAGGAUCGGGAGCUACGUUCGGGUAAAGAAUAUUUCCAUUCCUCCCAAGAGCUUGAGCAAGAGCUUGACUGACUUUGCCCCAGGUUUUUCAUGGCCAUUGGAAGUACUAUUCGAACUGAUACCACCUCCCAACAAGCUAUCGGAGCUUUCGCUCGAGCGCAACGACGGCCAAUAGUGAUGCCACGACAGGCUUAUCGGCAACCAAAGUCACAGUAAAACUUCCACUUUAAUAAAAGAUGAUAGCAAAAGAAAGAGGGAUUGGGAACAAAAAAUGGCGUACAGUGUACAUAAAGGAGCGGCCCUUGGAAGGUGUUGUAGUGUUCUAUCGUCGGGUUAAGAGGAUAGGCUUUGGGCAUCAUCCGUGUACCAACAACGAUCCAUAUACCCCAUGAAGAGUAUUUGCAAUCGGGGAAUACCCAGGAAUCGUUCAAGGUUGUUAGCGUGUAAAGGGGGCACUGUAUGAAAACACUGCAGAAAGUCACUUCCGAGUGGGGAAAGGCCGACGAUACCUACAGUCGGGGAGUCUCAUGCGCCUACGAACUUUGUCUGUGGAGUACCGCGCGAUGUGAGCAUGAUCUCGGCUGUUGAAACGGGAGUCUGUACGCAGUCGGCUCGGCCCUGGUGGUACUUUUUUGUUUUGUUUUUCUUCUUUGUGUCCAAUGAUCAGGUGAUACGCCAGUGCUCAACACGCCUCAGUAAGACACCUGGUCAAUACUCUGUAUACAGCAUCAAAAGUUAUUAUACUAAACGUCCAGGACAAGUAACAUGAUUAUUCUAACAUACUUAGCUUGCUAGAAUGUUUAAAGGAGCAAUUCUUCUGAGCCAUAUGUAUAACUGUUUUCGUUGUACGAUUUUAGAAUAAUAUUACCUAUUUUAAGCUAGGUAUUUAUAUAGUAUUAACCACGUAUCUUACUGAUACGCUGUCCUCGAACGGAAGUUUCUCUCCACAGUCCGUACUUUGAUGGCUAACGCUGAAAUAGUCUCUACGACCCAUUUCUAUUCCUCCGUGCACACGAGGGGUCCUGAUUAUUUUCGCUUGAAUCAGGAUAUACAGAAGAACUCGGUCUGGAUCUCGACAGACAUCAACGUCUAAACGCUGCUGAUAUAUUUGAAACGUACUGUACUAGAACUGUACAGUAAGUGCGCUACCGAGGGAUGAAGGGGCCAUGCAUGCACUGCCCUUUGGAAGUGAACGCACACUUAAUUCAAAGAUGCCAGAUUUUGGCGCCACAAACUGCGGGAAGAGCGCCAAAACGCCACUUCUUUCGUAUGAAUCAAUCCAUUGGGACACAAUGGAAAGAGCACUUCAGUCAUUUAACGUCGAGCAAUUAUGUAUACAUUGAAUUUCUAUUUUGAGAUUAACGAUGAUUGCUCAAUAAUGAUCGAUCGUGUAUUGUCAAUGAUGGAAAGGAAGUGCGUUCUUCAUUGGUACGAUGGUCAGCCUAGUUUUCAGCACCAAGUUACUUGCUAAAAUAGUGCCUGUUGCCAACGUUUGGGGCUUUGUUUUAGAUUUACGUCAGGCGCGUGCACUUUCCUGACAAACGGACAGUUCAUCCGAAGCUUUAAAGGACAUCCUCAACCACAGACGAAAAGCACAGAUAUCCCAACCUCGUGUCGACGAGUAGUACCUGGCAACUCCCGUACGCCCCCUUAUUUUGAUAGCGAUGUCGUGCUCAUUGUUCUCGAGUCCAGCCAGGCCUGUGCCGUGCUUCUUGGGAUCUCUUGGAUGGCAUUGUCCCUUCUAGUUCAGGUUCAUCCGAACGCUUGGAUCUUACUUGUUAUUUUCAGAAGCUUUUUCACUGCCUGGAUUUUCUUCCUCAUACCAUGCUUUCUUCUAGGGAGCUUUUUGUUUUUGUCCGGAGAUCGCUUGCUACUCAUCGGAUACUCAGGCUCCGGGAGAUUCCAUUUGACUCUUUCAAGCGAGGGACUUGUAAUUAGUAGUAGCUGAUCUCCCGACUUUCCGGAUCAAGUGGUGGCUUAUUAUCACUCUCUUCAUAAUUGGUCCCUUCCUAUUGGUUCCCUACUUUCAAUGAUCGUGCGGCUCGAUCCUCAUUGCAUGCAGAGGCAAAAGAAAGUUCAUGUCUCUCAAAUCUGUAUGCAAGGACCAUCUCGUGGCGAACAAUUACAGAAAUGACCCCUUUUGUUCUUGCAGAUAUUCUAGAACUUUCAGACUCAUUAUUUGGAAAUGUCUAAGGUGAGUUUGAAUUACUCUAUAAAUUCUAAUAACAACGACGUUAAUUGUUCUAGAAGGGACUAAGGUUUCAGCUCAGAUUUUUCGGGAAAAUAUAUAGAAUACUACCGCAGAAGACUUCUUGUCCAUUGCUGGGUUUUUUCCAUCUCGAUUGUCUGUGGCUCAGUAGCU